AUGGCUUUCGCAAACCUCUUUGUGUGGGUACUGCAAAUUCUCACCCUGAAGGUGCCCGUGGUCACUGGUGAGCCAGAUGAAGCCACACCUGACCGCAUGCAGCAGCCUUUGGGGCUGCUGAACCAGGACACUGUUUGGCUGCUGCAGGAGGUGGAGCAGCUGAGCCAAGAGAAGAGCAAGGGGCAGAGUUACGCAGUCUGGAGAGCCCUGCUCUUUGCCUUGCAGCACUGGCAACUGGGUCUGAUUGCUGGCGUCCUACUCCUCCUGAGUGUCGGACUGUACUGGCGACUCAGGAGAAGGAGCCACGAGGAGGACAGCAGCAGUGACGAGGAGAGCUCUAGCUCUGAGGAGGAAGAGCAGGAGGAGGAAGAGAGUGAAGGAGAGGAUGCUGAUGGUGAGGGAGAUGUGGGCAGUUAUUUUGCAAGGCGCAUCAGGUGGUCAGUGCGGAAACUGCACUACGAGAGCGAUUUGGUGUUUCUGCUGGUGGACAGCCUCCUCCAUGCUUGUCAACAGCUCUUGUCAGGUAGUUUCUUCCCAGUGCUAGAAGCAGCCAUCGGGGUGGGCAGUGCCUUUGAAUGCUGGAGUCCCCAUGGAGAUGACACUGUCUACCGUCUGCUUGUGCCCCUGAAGCCCCCCCUUGUGCACGCCUUCCGCCUGGAGGUGGGCAACCUGGGCCAGAUGCCGGGGGACUCUUGUAUCCGUUUGGAACUGGUGUGCACAUGCAUGACUGAGGAGACAGCGGGGGACACGCUGUGCUUCCUUCAUCACCCCGACGAGGCACUGAGGAAAAAUCAGAAGCCCGGCCUCCUACACACCCUCUGCACCAGCUCCUACCUAGAUGUGCAGAAGACUGCCAUAUGGUUCCGGGACUUUGUGAGGUCAGCCUGGGACUUCGUGCCUCAGUCACGUCACUACAGGAUGAAGGUGCUGCCCUCCAGCCACUCCUGCAAGCUGCAGCUGACACAUGUCUCUGGGAGAACCUUGCUCGUUAAGAUGAUGCUUGGCAUGCAGCAAGGCGACACAGACGUCUUUGUGACCAGCCAGGCUAGAGAGGCUGUCUACACCCCAAGCACAACAUGGUCACUGAGCUUCAGUGUGGCAGAGGCAAAGUUCUUCUGGUUGACGGCCACGAAGGUCCCACAUGACAGCUUCCACCUCAACUGCCUGCAACCCUGCGCCCAUAUGCUGAUGGGCACGGGAUUUUCCAGCUAUGCCUUUAAGAUAGUGGUGAUGCACCUCCUGACUACCAUGCCCCUGGCAGGCUGGAACAGGACAGAUUUCCUUCUGCGGCUGGAAGACAUCAUGCGGUACCUACGUUGCUGCCUGGAGGAGAAUCAACUCAACCUCUUCUUCUUUGGCAAUGAGACCAUUCCCAAAGAGAUCAUCUUGCCCUCAGCCUUGCAAAGAGCUGAGCCAGUCAACCGCUUGCAGAACUUGGCACAGGAUCCGGCUGCUCAUGAGCAGGCAAUGAGGGACUUCAGGGAGCUGCAGUUUCGGCUUAGACAAGAGCUCUUCAACUGGCGCUGA